AUGAAACCAUCUAAACUGCAAGAUCAUCUGAGAAGAUGCCACCCUGAUAAAACAGAGAAAGAUUUGAAAUACUUUCAAACACUCAAAGAUAAAUUUCAGAAGAGACCUACACUGGACAGAAUGUUCGCUUCGACGUCACAAAGAAAUGAUGAUGGUUUGCGGGCGUCUUACAAUAUCUCGUUACUUAUAGCAAAAUCCGGAAAACCGCAUACUAUCGGAGAGAAGUUAAUUUUGCCAGCUGUUGAAGAGGUUUUAAAAACUGUUUUACACAAACCUGCAUCUGAUAUCAUUAAAAGAAUUCCCUUAAGCAACAAUACUGUUGAAAGACGUAUUGAUGAAAUGAGUUCUGAUAUUGAAAGCUUCUUAUGUAAUUAUUUGCAAACGACCCAUUUCUCUAUACAACUGGACGAGUCAACUUUACCUGAUAAUGCAGCAUUAUUAUUGGCAUGUGUUCGUUUUAUUAUGAAUCAAGAAAUCUACGAAGAACUGCUCUUCGCAAGAACUUUGAUAACCGACAGUAAAGGUGAAUCAAUAUUACAUGUUUUGAAGGAUUACUUCAUUGAAAAAGCAAUUCCUUUAUCAAAUAUAAUACCAGUAGCUACGGAUGGAGCACCUGCCAUGAUAAUUAAUCCAUAUGGUGACAUAGAAGAAACGAAUGUCAUAAUACAAGAGGAACUGACUGAACUAAGUACAAACGAAGAACUUAAGGUUCAGUUUAAAAACGAAAAAAAGAAACAGACUGGACUUCAUUAG